GAAAAACAAUGUUGUUCUAUUUUUUUGAUAUAAUUCCUUAGAUGGGAAAAAGGUUUUUCGAAAUAGGUUGCAAUACUCAUUAUUCCAUCGAUAUGUAUUGUUGCGCGUAUUAUGGUAUUGGCGCUGCACCCAAUAAAUUAAUGUCGGCGCGACUCCACCUCGCUUAGGAUUUUUAGUUCAUUUCCUUAACCUUCUAAUGGCUCUUUCAGGGUCGAAGGAGUUCGUCGAUAUGCUGCUAGCUCGGGAAUUUACAAGUGCUGAUGAUCAGGUACUUAUUAUGAAUGGUUGUGAUGUUAGUGGACAUAGUUUUAAAGAGAAUGGUUUCGCAAAACCCGUUUUGGUACGAUCAAAAGACGGUCUAAGAAUUAAGGUCCCGCUAGACUCAUUCUCUCAUACAGAUUUAACCAGGUUUAUAGAUCCUAGUAUUCAGGUUGAUGUCAUCGAUGUUCGUCAGCAAGUCGAGAUACAAAUGACGCUCCAAGAACUGGUUGACCACUUUUCCUCACCUCGUCGACAGGUAUUGUUAAACAUGCUGAGUCUGGAGUUUUCAAGAACCAGGUAACAUAUGUUGUCUUUACAUUAAAAGUAGCCUGGCAAAGUUUGUACAUCCUCCGCAUGUCGUUUCGGAACUUAGUCUUGUCACAACCUGUUGGCCGGAAGAUGACCCUAAUGACCUUAAAGAUGUCGAAUUUAUCGGCGAGACUGCACCAACUGUCCAGAAAUACUGUCUUUUAAGUAUGAAAGGCAGUUAUACUGACUUCCAUAUAGAUUUCGGUGGAUCAUCUGUCUGGUACCAUGUUAUGUGGGUAGGUUUUUCUAUUCAGAGUGAGGUCUAUGAGCAUAGGGUGAAAAAGUGUUUUACUUGAUGCCGCCUACACCCGAAUUCGUUUCUGCUUAUUGGCGAUGGUGUAUGAGCAGCGAUCAUAGGGCGAUAUUCUUCCCAGACUUUGUUGCUAGUCUUCGGGAGAAAGAAUCGACUAGUAACGUAAAAAGACCCACAGUUUACUGCCUUCACAUUUUACCCGGCCAAACAAUCUUCUUGCCAUCUGGUUGGAUCCACGCUGUUUACACGCCUUCUGACUGUCUAGUUUUUGGAGGAAAUUUCCUGAGCGGAUUGCAUGUAUCUAUGCAGCUCAGAAUUUAUCGCAUGGAACAAAAAUGUAAAACUCCAAUGAAAUUUCUGUUCCCUAAUUUUGAGAAGGUUCACUGGUUUUAUAGCCAAUGUCUCCUGGACAGACUAACUAACAACUUAACUGAUGGCGAAAAUCCCGUUAUUUUCGAUGUAGAGGCGGCUGAAUGCUUGGCUAAAGUUCUUCCUUUGUGGUAUUCUAAAAGACAUAUGCUCCCGCCAGAAGAAAGAGAUUACUUUCUUCCGAAUCAAAGUCAGUUAGACAUGUUAUGUCCAAGUCUCAUUGAAAGACUGUCUGAGGUCGUAAAUUCAAUAGUAUCACAUUCAACGAAAAACUCAGGUUUUUUAGCAGAUUAUUCCAAAUCAGAGAUAUUUUCAAAGCAUUCCAAAUCUAAUGGACGAGCAAUUGAAAGCUGCUCAAAUGCUAAAAGUAUAGAAUGUUUGAACCGAGAGUUAGGUAAGGAAACUAAAUGGGAACUUAAAGAUAGACAUAUUGGAGGUCUAGGCUGGAUGCCAAAUAGACAAACUUAUUCCAAAAAUUUACGUGAACCAAAGAGCUUGAUAAAAGGAAAUGAGAACGAAAAACAUGUGAUUACUGAUGAUGUAGAUAUCCUUGAAGCACUACCGGGUUUGGAAAAAAGUCGAUUAAUCGGAGACCAUUAUUAUUUGACAUUAAGUGACUCAGAAGGUGAUGAUGGCGACAACGUUAGGAUGAAAUCAAAAGCCGAAUGUUCGCUAACAAAAAAACAGAAGGGAAUAUCUACUCUACACCAAGCAAGUAGGAAGAGAAAAACUAAGAAUAAUGAUGAUGAUCCAACUUGGAGUAUGCCUAGUCCUACGCGUCGCAGGUUUGGUACAACUGAAUGGAAGUCAAAGAGUUCAAGACUUGUUGUUUCUAAUUUAAAAAGAGAUAAAAAGUCAUUGCACCCUCUACUCAGUGAAGUGAAUCCAUCAUCAUCAGGCUCGAGUGUUUUAAAACCCAGAGAUUCUUCAACAUUGCGUCCGCAUAUGACAGUAAAAACACAAAAACCACGAACUAAACGCAAUACAACAGUUAGACAACGUCUUGCUAAACGUUUAGGUAUUUAAUUCAUUUUAGCAAAGCAUGGAUGUUAUUUAUUUACAUAUAUAUUUACAAAUAUAUUAUUUUUAUUUAUAUUUACAUAUUGUCUAUUUGUAUGCUUAUCAAUUACAAGUUUACUAAUAUUAUUCAAUACUGUCAGUGGUAACUCUAAUUUUAUACUUUUUUCUACCUACAUAUAUAAAGUGAAUUAUUUGGAUCGUAUAGAUUUGUAAAAUUUAUUUCCUAUCUACUAACGAUAUCUAUAUACAUGUAUACAUAUGCACACUGAAGUUAGCAAUUCUUAUCCGAAUGUAGUAUAAUAUGGUCGUGAUCUAAGGAAUUUUUCAAAUAACUUCAGUUUUAUUAUUGUUAUUACUAACUGUAGUAGCGGUAUUACUAUUAACAAGUGCAGCAUACUUAUCAUGCAUAUAAUGACCUUUUUUUAACCAUAUUUCAAAUAGUUCUUCUGAGUUAUUUUUUAUUCUUAUUUGUUCACUAAUAAUGCCAUUCAAUUUGUGUCCCAUACUUUUAUCUCCUUAUUUUAGUUAUAUUUUAAAUUUGAGGAAUGUAAACUUUAAUUGCAUUUAUGUAUAAUCAUGCUGGUUAUGAAAUAGUUAAAUAACUGACUGUUUCCCUCCAACUUCAUCCAUUUCUUCGUGUAAUUUCAUUAAUCCCACCUCAUCAUUAUUCACAUAUCCUCAUUUUCUCUAGAUCUUCAGGAUCAUUCAUGGAAUAUGUUCUAAAAAGUAUAUAUAUAUAUAUAUAUAUUAGCGUCAUUCGGCUACUCAGUAAUAGUAAGAAUCUGUUUUAUUAGGUAUAUUCUCUUGUUUAUCACGCUUGUUUUUUAGUGGUUUUCUUGGUUACUUGUUCACUGAUAUGUGUGUAUUUUGUAAUACUACGUUAUUUAUUCACUUUGUUAUCGUUUGUUACUAUUAUUGGGUUUUUUUACUUUACGUACAUGUUUUAUAAAUAUUUGUUUAUUUGCAUACAAAUGGAACUAAUAAUGUUUUCCCUGUUUUCAUUCAUUGUUUACCUAGCUCAUUCUUUUUUAAAUGUUUAUUGGUCUUUGUUAAAAAAGUUUUUUUUAUCAUUAGGUCUUAUGUAAAUUGUUUUUGAUUGAAAUAAAUAUUGUUAUAAUAAUAUAUUAUAUACAUGACCGUC